AUGUCGUCCAACCCAGGAUCGCCGGUGGCGUCGCUCUUCUCUGCGAGAGCUCAUAAUCGCUUUCCCAGUUCUGUCCCGUCGCUGGCCUCGUCCCCCGCCUUUGGUGCCACCGCCGACGCGUCGGUGCCCACCAAGCUGGAGGGGGUGAAGGAAGACCCGUUGGAGCUGGAGUACAGCCUGGUCGACGAAGACAAUUACUUCCCCGAUUUCAACGAAAUCCACGCUGAUGACAGCGAUGGACGCGUUUGUUAUGAGCGCGGUUAUGAUCUAUCGGACGAAUUCGGCGACAUGUCGAGAUCGCUAAAGAAACGAAGGCCAGACGCCAGCUCUCUGCGCGGCAUUUCGCGUAUUAGUAGUCGAAUCUCCUCGAUCUCGACCCGGUGGAAGCAGAAGCCAGUUUCGGACGCCGCCGCCGCACUCGAAAAAUAUGAUGAAUCUUUACGAUCGCGUGCCAAUUCUGCCACAUCGGCUCUAGCAACGCCCCUCGCAAGUUCUUUCUCUGCCAGGCACAGCCAAGCGUCUAACUCUCCAGCAAGAACCAUCUUUGAAGAGAACCUCGUCGAAGCGGGCAUCUCGCCUAUCGACAUCGACAAAGCCAACCGUGAAUGCGUCGAGGAACGCGAACCCCAGGCAACCACGCCCCUUCUCCCUCCUGUAAUGAUGGAUCUAGUGAGCUCAGACACAGAAGAAUUGAUUCAGUCCCCUCUCCAAUCGCCUACCGUGGCCGAAGCCACUGAUACUCCGACCGACUCGCCCAUCGACGUACAGCGGUCCAAUGGCCUCCUAUCGCCGCCUCUAUCCACGCAGCCCUCACUGGCGUCCAUCAGUCGACAACUAGCCGCGUCCCGCGCCUACGGAUCAGAGAUGUCCCCAAUCACCAUGCUGAGCGCGGAAGACGAAUGGUCAUGCAAGCUUGGACACGCGAAUUUCACCAUCCACCCCAUGCCCUACACCCCCGAAGAAUAUACACUCGACUCCUUCGAAGAGCACCGAAACAACUGGAGCCUCGCCCGGCGCAACUAUGCAAAGCACCUCGUUCGCACCGGUGAACACUACGGCCUGACAUCCAACAUCUACCGCUCAACGGAGGAAAAGUGGGACUCCAUCGACACGCAAUGGCGCACGAACCACAACGUCAUGCUCACCAAGCUGACGGACAGUGACGGCAAGCCGCUUUCGCUGAGCAAAUCAAGCACGUAUCCCGGCGAAUCUGUUAAAAUGCCCCCGUAUCUCGACAAGAAUAAGUUCCCUGACCUUGGUGACGAAGAUAUCGUGGGGCCCAUGUCUGUUGCGCCGGCUCAGCCACAACCGCCGUCGCACUCGCGCAAGAGGUCCUUCUUCAAGUUCCUGCAAGAUAUUUUUUCUAGCCGACACUAA